ACAACAUUAAAAAUGGAAAAACUUAAAAAACACUUCUGAUUUAGUUGAUAAAGAAAACCAUUAAAUUUCAAAUAGCAGUUGUUAACUAAGUUUUUGCUUUUUAAUUUCUUAUAUUGAAUAUUCUAAAUAGAUGUGGUUAGCGUUGAAAACAAUUGAAAAUCAACUGUCAAGAGGAGUGGUGGCGUCUUCUUCUUGGCGUCUCGAUUUAAUCAAAAUGCUUUAUUUCAUAAUGGACAGACAAUCAAUCAUGGUUCCCAGACGUGGUAAAAGAAUUACGGCUGGGAAGCCAGCAAAAAACCUAACUUUUAGCGAGUCCUAUCUGGGACAGAGAUCAGUGAAGUCGAAAGUAAAAAAAGUCAGAGAAAUAGGAAUGUGUCCUCUAAAGAAGUUGGCCAGAGUAGCUGUUGGUAAACCAAAAAAACCAGCCAUUGAAUGCUUUAAUAGUUCAAUUAACAGCCCACCUGUCAUUUCGUCCAACAGUUUACGGGAACAGUUAAGUGCUAACAACAGAAACCUCAACAAUUUUCAUGUCUCACCAGACAGCUCACCUAAGAGUUUACGUCAACAUUCUCAUCAACAGCAAACUAGUUUCAACAAUAGAGACAUCAACAAUUAUAAUGUCUCACCAGACAGCUCACCUAAGAAUUUACGUCAACAUUCUCAACAGCAAAAUCGUUCCAACAAUUCAGACAUCAACAAUUAUAAUGUCUCACCAGACAACUCACCUAAGAGUUUACGUCAACAUUCUCAACAGCAAAAUCGUUCCAACAAUGGAGACAUCAACAAUUAUCAUGUCUCACCAGACAGCUCACCUAAGAAUUUACGUCAACAUUCUCAACAGCAAAAUCGUUUCAACAAUAGAGACCUUAACAAUUAUCAUAUCUCACUAGGGAGCUCACCAAUCAGUUCAAGUCAAAAUUCUCAACAACAAACUAGUUUUGCACCCAUUUCUAGCACACCGGUCCAUAAACGAAACUUAAUUAAGGAGACACAAUCGGAUAGUAAUUCCUUGAGUGUUUCCUGCAUAUCCCAUCAUAAAGGACACGAUGCUGAACCAUCCGCUUCGAAUAUUAAGCUACCAAAUGAGAUCGUGGACUACCUAACAAAAUCAAUGGUCCGACAGGACGAACUUUUUCGAGUAGUUCAGUCCCUGGUUGCUAGUAGACCAAUCACUACGUCUGAGGAAGAACACGACGAUUUCGUAGAAAAACUUCCCGAUUUCCCUAUUUCUUCUAUGGAAGACUUUCUUUCAUUGGAGAGGGAGCUGCUUCGAAAACGUUUCAACAUAUAUUUUGUUCGUUACCUUAUAUCUUUGGGAGGUGGUACUCUUGCUGAUUCUUCCAAGCUUUUAUUAAGGCAUUGCUUAGACAAGGAUGUUGCAAUCGAAUAUAGCCACCAAGGAAAAGGAAAACUGAAAAAAAAAAACCUUUGAACGCAACUGAAUUUUACAAAGCAUA